GAGGAAACGGUAUCGUUUCAGAAUUGCAAACUGUGCUUUACGCUUUCUAUUAUGUCGUUUCCCGAUAGGGUUCAUCCUCGUUGAACGAGAGAGGAGAUAAUCGGGGGGGAUCAGACUCGGCAAUCAAAAUCACCGCUCCUAGUCGUCGUUCUCCGACGUUUCACCCCCAUUCUUUCCACCACCGACCCGUCGGCCGCGGCCGAGAAAUUCGUAUAUCGGUGAGAAAUUUUUCUAUCACUGCUGCUGCUGCUCAUCGCGCCACAAUCUGAGAGAUGAUUCCGACCGUCUCCGCAUCCGCGUCCUCCUCAUUCGCUCCUCUCAUUCCUUCUAUAUCCACUCCAACUCACGCUCCUUCCCUUUCUGUCGGCAAAGCCAAUUCGCUCUCCUUUCCUUCUAGUCCCAAAACCAGUCGAUUAUCCCCGCAUUUCUCUUCCCUCCGCUCCCCUCUCCCAAUGCGACCCCCGGCGGCGGUUUCCAUUGAGAAAGAGACGAUGGAGACGGAGCGGCCCGACACAUUUCUCAGAGAAUCGGAGAGUGGAGAGGUGAGGGUUCGGUUUGAGAAGAUGAUCAGGGAUGCUCAGGACAGCGUCUGCCAGGCCCUCGAAGCCGUCGAUAAAGUCGGCAAGUUUAAAGAAGACGUCUGGUCCAGACCGGGCGGUGGCGGAGGCAUUAGCAGAGUCUUGCAGGACGGCGCCGUUUUUGAGAAGGCGGGAGUUAAUGUGUCCGUCGUUUAUGGCGUUAUGCCCCCUGAAGCGUAUAGAGCUGCCAGGUCGGCUUCUCCCGAUCAGAAACCUGGCCCUAUUCCUUUCUUCGCAGCCGGAAUCAGCUCUGUCUUGCAUCCCAAGAAUCCCUUUGCUCCCACUGUGCAUUUUAACUAUAGAUACUUCGAGACUGAUGCUCCCAAAGAUGCUCCUGGAGCCCCUAGGCAAUGGUGGUUCGGUGGCGGGACUGACUUAACCCCAGCUUAUAUCUUCGAGGAUGAUGUGAAGCAUUUUCAUUCGGUUCAAAAGAAGGCAUGUGACAAGUUUGAUCCCACAUUUUAUCCACGCUUCAAGCAAUGGUGUGAUGAUUAUUUCUACAUCAAGCACCGAGGUGAGAGGCGAGGACUUGGGGGAAUAUUCUUUGAUGAUCUUAAUGACUAUGAUCAAGAGAUGCUUCUUGCUUUUGCUACUGAGUGUGCGAAUUCCGUGAUUCCCGCGUAUGUUCCAAUCGUGGAGAGAAGGAAGGAUAUGCCAUUUAAUGACCAGCAUAAAGCAUGGCAACAGUUGCGCCGCGGCCGCUAUGUAGAAUUCAACUUGGUGUAUGAUAGGGGCACAACUUUUGGGCUGAAGACUGGAGGUCGAAUAGAAAGUAUUCUGGUCUCGUUGCCGCUAUCAGCUCGGUGGGAGUAUGACCACAAACCAGAGGAAGGAAGUGAAGAGUGGAAACUGUUGGAUGCUUGUAUCAACCCGAAAGAAUGGCUCUAAUGCUAGGAAGUAAAGACUUUUCUCACUUGGAACCGAAACAGUAUGGCUGACAAAUGCAGUCGAUAGCAUGCAUCAACUUCCUCCUUGGACCAACAGCAUCAGCACCCAUAUCUUUCAGUUUUUCCAUCGUCAGGUUAACCAGCUGAAACUUACCAUCGCUACUGCUGCGGAAGAUCGUCACAAACUGAUCCAACCCUAACGAUGUCAACCAGUUGCUCAACCCGCCAGCCUUCUCGAUUUUUCUCUCCACGAGUGCUCUCUCAGUGUCUGGUUCAAUGCUGCUGGCCCCCUGUCGAAUAUACUCUGCCCAGGCAAAAACAGUCUCGGCCGCUUCAUGGUUCUCGACGCUCUUGAUGCUCCUACCAUAGCAGUAGUAGCAAUAGUACCAGCCCUCCGGUUAUCCACUCGAACCACAACGGCCUCCCCGGCGGGACAAAUCCAUGCACAGGUCUCUGCCGUGUCAGCAUCUGUUGAUUCACCGCCUUUGAUCAUUUCUGCAGGCAUGGCUUCCUCACAGGUAGGUACAGCGAAGGGAAACGCUGUGGAUUUCGCUGCAUCAGGUGGUGGAGUAAUAGAGGUGGCAAUUGGAUCGGAUUCGUGGAUUCGUGGAUUGGAUUGGUGGAUCCAUGGAUCAAAUGGAUUGGAUCCAAUGGAUUGGUGGAUUCAUGGAUUGGAUCAAAUGGAUUGGUGGAUUGAUCCAUG